ACUAGCUCUUUCGAGUGAUUUCGGUCCAACAUGAAUAUCUGAGUGUUAAUUUUAUUCCCCUUUUCGGGGGUGCAAUCAACCUUCGAAAAUCGAAAUUUCAAAUUCCAGGAUCGCCAACGUGAAGACGGUGCGAUAAGUUGGCAGCCAUUAAUAGAGACGUGAUCAUAACCUUUUACCGAAAGGACCAAAAGGAAGAAAAAAAAAACACAAAUACGACACGCCAGACUUCUAAACCAUAUGAGUAUCCUUAGAUUGUAUGAGUGAGUACACGGUAAUGUACGGGAACGUCGCAGUUGAACACCGUUAUCGCGAUAGUCUACUACCUUUGCACUAUAAGUGGACAAGAAAUGAACGUUAACAUUAUUUUAGAAAAAUAAUAUAUAUCCGACCAGUGCGUAAAAAGACUGUGUGCCUAUAAAUUUUACUUGUUGAUUUUGUGUAAACACUUUAUGUUGGAAUUUCAGGACAAUCGUUGCAAAGAUGGACGUAGAGAAAAAAAGAGCUGAUAAAAGACGACUACAGGAAUUAGAAAAGUUUGCCCAGGAAUGUUGCGAAUCGCAAGAAAAACGAGAAAAACAUGAUUUUGUAUCACCAGAGCAAGAUCGUACGCCCAGUAGCGAUGACAUGAAAAUUGAACACUAUGUGGUUGCUAGCGAUUAUAAUGCUUUCGAUGAUUUAAGUGAAAGCGAAGAAGAGGUAGUCCCAGAUCAACCAGGAAUGGAAGAAAUUAAGGCAAUUAAAGCUUGGGUAAUCAACAACAAUAUUCCGUAUCAGAGUGUAGACAAACUGCUGUUCAUUCUGAAGAAAAGAUUAUUGCCACAAAUUCCAGAGAAUACACAAAUGUUAUUAAAAUGGGAUUGUGAUAAUUUUGACAACGUAGAUAAUGCGGAAGUGAGUGAUAGGCCAAUGGGCAUACGAAAAGCUUUGAACAAUCCAAAUAAUGAUGUAAGCAAUAUUGACACCAUUAAAAUGGAAACUAUCGAUUGCAAAACAGAUUUUGAAUUCUUUGUCACAAAAUCGCUUACAGCUAUUGCCAGGGAUGUUGCUGAUAUUAAAGCUAAACAAGAUGCUAUUAAUGCGAGUAUGGGUUUCAUUAAAUUGAGACAGGAUGAGACUGUCUCUUUUCUUCUGGAUAAGAAAGCCACAAAGUUGACUAAUGCUGUUGUCGACUUUGCUAUGAAAUAUCAGUAUUCCUUUCCGAUAACCUCAUUAGAAAGGUUUUUAGAAUUUGAUAAAGAAUUGGAAAAUAACAAAUUUUUAAGAUUUGAUGUGAGUAUUCAACUCUGCGAUCUCCUGGAUCCCGAUCUAGUUAUAACUAAAUCUAUGUUAAGGAUGGUCAGAUACUUUAUUUCAAAAGAAGUAGCUGAAAAGUUCACAGCAGUUAGAAGUGCUCGAAAUCAGAGCGAUGAGAGAACUCAUAGAUUUAUUUCGACUACUCUGUAUGGCAUUAUGUGUGGUGUUGUUAAAUUCAAAAGAAGCAAAAAAGCGUUGGAGGUGAAUGAUAAAUUGUUUUUAAAGGGUAUAAGCGAUGUCUUUUGUAAUGUUAAAAGCUGGACAUAACCAGAUUAUAUCAGUUUUAUAUUUAGAAUUUUUUUACUGUUUGAAGUAUAUUUAAUAAAACAUUGAUAAUUUUUAAAA